GGACGUCAUUCAGGCAUCGAAGUAUAUCGCUCUGCGCUCUGUAUCCCUAUAUCGCUGUAGCAAGUAGCUCGAUACCUAAACAUCGACCGCAAUAAUCAGGAAGCACCACAGCAACGAACAGACAUGACUUCGCUAAACCCUGAACACUUCCCUUCCCGAUCCGGCAAGCCUUCGCAUGGUCAGGCCAUGCACGAGUUGACCCCGGCCAGCAACAACUCUGGCCGACGAGAUCGACAUCGGCCCAAGCGACCCGUACCCGUCAUUCCGGAUCUAAGGUUCGAGCAGUCGUACUUGGUUUCAAUCCGCCCUUUCCUCCAGCCGAAAGCAGGAAAUUCAGCAUCGUCUCAAGCUCAAAAUCCGUCUGAUGAAUCGUCAUCGGAUGUCCGAGCUUCGCACUUGAGCGCUCCUGGAGGUGGAUCGGACUCGAAGAGUCUAGUCACUUCGGCUCAGGAGGACGAGAUCUUCAGCUGUGGAAGGGAUGUCGUAGUGGACUGGAGAAUGGCUGGCUGGGUUACGAUGAGAGAUCAGCUCUUCUCUCCGUUGGUCCAAGGUGCGCUCUGGGGUCUAUUGACCAUCGCCAUGGGUACCCUUUCGACCGGUCUUCAUGGAGCGCUCUACCCGGCGUCACACGUACCCAAAGGCCGAAUUACGGGAGGACCCCGUGGCAAGAUUGGUGGAGGAGAGGUCGUUGGUGGAUCAGCCAAGACGGGCUACUGGAGAGGAUUCGUACGAAGCAUCUUUGGUGGACUCGAGACAGCUGCAGUCUAGGUCUGACCGAACGAAAGACUUGGAGAGGGAUGCUUUCACGGUCUGGAUGCCAUGUUUAUGUACGAUAUUACAAUACCAAAGA